AUGGGUAAGAACAGUUCCUUUAUUAAUGAUGGUUAUCCAGAACCUUCGUAUGGUGCUCCAUUCACCUUUUUUCAGCUUGUGGUGCUGAUAUUUUUUUCUAUCAAUUUGUUCAUGAUUGUAACCAUUUUUAAAAAUGACUACUUUCAUGCAGUUGCACGUUACAUCUUGUUUACAGUCAUGUUACAUUCUGAUAGUUUCAUUUUACUAAUGAGUGAUAUCUUGCUGAUUUUAGUGCUGUCUCAGAUAACCAUUCCACUUUGGUUGUGUGUCAUUACGUGUGGUAUGACAACUCUGUAUUCAUUAGUCACACCUCUAACAUUGACAGUGAUGACUCUGGAGCGAUAUGUGGCCAUCUGCAUACCCCUGCGGCACGGAGAGCUGUGCUCAACACACCGCUCUGUGCACUGUAUCCUCAUUAUUCACACUCUCAGCUUAUUCCCCUGUGUGGUUGAUUAUUCCAUAUUUUUUGCAUCAGUUGAACAAAACGUCUAUAAGCAACAGCAGUUAUGUUCCCCGCAGACAUUCAUUAUUCACAGGUGGCAGGGUCACCUUAAGUCAGCGUUACAUCAGUUCUACUUUUUGGUCAUGUGUAUUGUUAUUGCAUUCUGCUAUUUUAAAAUCUUGAAAGUAGCCAAAACUGCAGCAGGAGAGAAUAAAGAAUCAACAAGUAAAGCUCUCAGAACAGUGGCUCUUCAUGCUUUCCAGCUGCUGCUCUGCCUCAUCCAGCUGUGGAGCCCGUUCAUAGAAGAUGCAGUGCUUCGUAUUGACUUCACCUUGUUUAUAAAUGUGAGAUUUACGAACUAUUUCUUAUUUAUUAUUACUCCAAGGUGUCUCAGUUCACUUAUUUAUGGACUUAGGGAUGACAAAUUCUUUCAUGCACUUAAAAAAACAUGGUGUGACACCAGAUGGGCAGUUGAAGUAGGCCUUCAGGACAUCCCGCUGGCUCCUCCUGGUCCUGGUGUCCCGCCGGCCACCUUCCACUCAGUCGACGUCGAUGAGCUGGGCAUGUUGUCUUCAGAACCCUUGGACCACAUUGUGGUCCUCAUCCUCCUUGUCCAGCAGACCAGCAUGGAUGGCUGUGUGUCCACCAGAUGGGCAGUUGAAAUUGACCUUCGGGAUAUCUCACUGGCUCCUCCUGGCCCUGGUGUCCUGCUGGCCAUCUUCCAAUCAGUCGACAGCGACGAACUGGGCGUGUUGUCUCCAGGCCCCUUGGACCACAUUGUGGCCCUCAUCCUCCUUGUCCAGCAGACCAGCAUGGAGGGCUGUGGCCUGAAGAAGGUGCCUGACACCACCAACUGA